AAAGAGAGAAUAUAUCAAUAUCAUUUGAAAGCAUAAAAGCAAAAGACAGCAUAUAUAUAUACAUAUAUAUAACAAGCAAUUAAAACUGGUAUUAUUAGCUAGAUUGCAGUUUGAGCAAAUGACAACACAGCAACAGCAGGCAUUGGAGCUACAGCAAUCACAGAUGGUGAAGGUGAAGAACUCCGGCAUGAUCAGCCACGUAGGCAGCCCUACCGCGAACGAAGACAGAGACGAGGAGAUGACGCGCUCUGCCUUGGCCGCGUUCCAUGCCAGGGAAGAAGAGAUCGAGAGGAGGAAGAUUGAGGUCAGGGACAAAGUUCAGGCGCGGUUAGGCCGCGUCGAGGAAGAGACCAAGCGCCUAGCUCUAAUCCACCAAGAGCUGGAAUCUCUGCAUGAUCCAAUGAGGAAGGAGGUAGCCAUUGUUCGCAAGAGAAUCGACCUUAUAAAUCGAGAUUUAAAGCCGUUGGGACUCAGCUGCCAGAAGAAGGAAAAAGAAUACAAAGAGGCCCUCGAAGCUUUUACUGAUAAGAACAGGGAAAAGGGACAGCUGAUAACCAAACUAGUUGAGGUAAAUUCCACACUUUUUUUUUUUUUCAGUUUUUUGAAUUGUGGCUAUAUUUUUGUUGUCAUUUUUUUGAUGAUAAAUUAUUGGACAGUUGGUAACUGAAAGUGAGAAAUUGAGACUGAAGAAACUGGAGGAGCUUAGCAAGAACAUAGAUUCCCUGCAUUAAGAAAUCUUAACAACACUUUCUUUCUUUUUUUCAAGAAUUAAUUUACAUUUUGUUGUGUUUUCUGUUUUGUUUCAAGAUUGUUUGAGACACAGUAAUUGGGAUGUUUCUGGUUUUGCUAUUGAGUGCGAGAGUUUACUUAAAAA